ACGGUGGGAAGCCAGUGACUAACUGCUUCAGCUAUGGCGUGGCCAAGCACAGGUAUAACUUUACCUUUUAGCUUACCAAGGACAGGAGUUGCCAAUUUGAUUUCUAAUAUCCUGAUAUUCCUGAAAUUGAUCUUUACCAUGUCCAGAAUGGUUCUGAUGCCAUCCAGUCUUUUUGCUGUGGAUAACUAUAUACGUACUUUUUCUAGAUCUAAAGGAAACUACAGUGUGAAGCCAGCCACAUAUCUAAUUAAAUAAUUUGAUUGGGGCUUCAAAAAACGUCUGUUAACCUGUAAAUACUGUGAUCCAAUUUAAAAGCGUUGUUUUCUGACUGUAUGAAUGCCUGAAGCACUUUGACAAGACCAGAACCAUUACAAGGAUCAUUUUUAAAAGUCAUUUGAUACCGUCAUCACAGUCUUCUGAAUAUUUUCACAUGAUUUAUAAUUAAAUACUAUGAAUGAGAUUUUUAUUUUUAGGAAUAUGAAAAAUACGAAGAGUGAAGUCCAGGACUGGGGCAGAGAGUGAGCCAGUGGGAGUAAGGAUAACUGUAUAAAGAGUAUUCAUUCUUUAAAAGUCCUUUUGUAGGGUACAAUGUCUGGAAGAGAAGAUAAAAUACUAACAAAGCUGCUUUGGAGAGUGAGGAAACAGUGGCUCUGCGUUCGUUUCUCUUCUUGUAUCAAGAACAGGGUGUUCUGAAUUCAAGGAUCUGUUACCUUGUUCUGCCCUGAUGUCACUGCAGGAGAGCAGGAUUGGCGACAAUAAGAGUUGUGUCAAAAUGUAUGCCAAAGAUGACUUCCUUGAAGAAACUAAAAGUAAAAAAUGGGAUCAAUUACGCGUGGUUGUGACACAACCAUUUAAUCAGCAAAUGCAGUUUGGAUUGUGUUUUAUACGUGUAUUCAGCUUCUUGGAUGAGGAAACUACUAGUACAAAAAUUGAUCCUGAUUCAUUUUCAAAGUGGGAAAAAAUGAGAAGUCAAAUUAAUACCCCUUUGAGUCCAGUGAGCUCAAAGUUGGCUGGUCAACGCCUAAGUGGUUCAUCUCUGUCUCGUACUGAUAAGAUCCUCCUUCAGACUGGUCAGCAGUGUAGUAAACUACAGGAAAAAGAUGAAAUAACUUCCCAUAAAGGAAAGGAGGAAGUUUUGGAUAAGGAGUUUUUUGAAACAUCCAUACUUAGCUUUAUGGAUUCUCUUAAUCUGCAGGAUAAAAACUUGGACAACAUUCAGUUGAUUGAAGUAAGAGAGAAAAUGGAACAGGUUCAAAAUCGAGAGUUCUCACUUCAGGAAAGACGUAUUUUUGUUACUGUUGUUAAGAAAUAUGUAAUGUCAUUGAAAUACUCAAAAUCCAACAACAUGAAGUCACCUAAGUUUAGCCAAAACAUUAAGACAGAUAUCUGUUCCAAACAGGAGUUAGGGAAACCAAAAGAACUUACUGGUAUUGCAGAGUUGCCACACCACAUCUAUAGUGAUAAGAAAGAGCAGAUUUCAGUGAAAAUGAAAAGUAGAAAUGAUGGAACAGAUUGGCUAAAUACUGAAGGAGAUUAUCCUACAGAAGCCAGAGUGUCAAAAAUUAGCAGUCCUAUUUCUGAAAGUCCUUCAGGGAGAAGAAAUUAUAUUAGUUUGGAAGAUUCUGAUUACACACAUGAAAGUACAGCUUAUACUAGGGAAGUCCACAGUAAAUUAGAAGGUGGCGACAAAUAUUUAAAUGAUGAUUCAAGAGAAAAAUCAGAUUGUGUUAUGCUGCAGAAUACAAAGCAAAAGAGAAUGUUUAAGAGGAGAUCGUUAGAGACUGAUGGCACUAAUAAAAGACUCCAUGCAGCGAACAGUGAUAACCUGAAUAUUACUGACAUCUGUGAAGUUACAGACUUCCAAGAGAAUUGUGAACAGGCCACAGGAGAAAAUUUAAUUCAGUGUCCUGUAUGUAAGGUAUAUUUUGAAGCUGAUGUUAUUGAACAUCACUCCUCAGAAUGUGUCUCCUUUCCUGACAGUAAUGCAACAGAUGAUUAUGUUAAACAGGAAAUGACAUGUCCAGUGUGUUUCAAGACAGUGAGUUCUGCAAUUAUAGACACACAUGCCAACAUGUGUGCAUCAGAAAUGUUUGGAGAUUGAAAAUUAUUGUAAGAAUAUGAUAUAUAAGAGACAAAUGAAGAUCAGAUUUGUUUUUAAUAUUUAAGUGAAUUCAUAGACAUUGAAGUGCUGUUAUAACAAAUGUCAUUGCAUCUGAAGGAUCGGUUGUAUGUAAUAUUUAUAUUUUCUUGUUAUGUAUAAUCAACUUUCAUUAACAUCUCUAUUUUUGCCUGUCUUUA